UGUCCGGGGCGGGGCCUGCUCACGCGGGUUGUUACAUUGUGAUUGUAGGGAGGCUGCUUGACUUGAGUGGUCGGGAGACCACUGCUCGGGUCACAUCGUCGUCUGUAGCCCCUGCUGGGCGCCUUGGCCCGGGGAAGGGUGAAGCCGGGCGCAGCUGGCAGGGGUGAGCGCCAGCCUGGGCUAUGGGAGAAAAGCAGCUGAAACUUUUCUGGAGUUACUGGGAGAAGCCCCCACCUGGACAGCCUACCGCAAGGGUUGAAGCCUAGGGAGAGCCGCCAGUUGGCAUCCUUCUGGGCACAGGCGCUGGUCCUACCAUGCCUCUCUCCAAGAUGCCAGGAUGGGUGAUCCUGCCCGUCACGCUGCCAGCCUUCACCAUCACCGGCAUGUGGAUAGUGUAUGCCAUGGCAUUGUCCAACAACCACAUUUGCCCUGUGUCAAACUGGGUGUAUAAUCACACCUGUGAAUCACCGACUGAUGGAACUUGCUGCACGUUAGAUCACAUCCCUCUUGUCAGCAAAUGUGGAAACCUUCCUCCAGAGAGCUGUUUCUUCAGCCUUAUAUGCAGUUUAGGCGCAUUCAUGGUGAUGCUCAUCGGUCUGUUAAGAUAUGCCUAUGUGAUUGAACGUUAUGGUCCCUCCUUACUAAAUACUGUAGCAUUUGUCUUGGGGUGGAUUUGUGCUGCUGGACUCAUUAUGGUUGGUAGUUUUCAGGUGGAUCAUGCCAAGGUUCUGCACUACAUUGGAGCAGGAGUAGCCUUUCCAACUAGUAUGUUGUUCAUCUUUUUCCAGUGUAUUCUGACAUACCGUAUGGCACACGCCCAUUGGUACUGCUGGACUGGUCAUCUACGCAGCCUUCUGACACUCUUUGGUCUGGUUAUAUUAGUGCUCAGUGGUGCAUUAUUCAUACAGGAAGGCUUUGUGCUUCAGCAUAUUGCUGCUCUGUGUGAGUGGACCUUCAUAAUAAAUGUUCUAAUUUACUAUGGAACUUUUGCCUUUGAAUUUGGGGCAAUCUCUACCGAUACCUUCCUGGUCCUCCUAAAAGCAAGCAGGGCUCCAAAGAGCUAUAAGGCAGGAACCAGCACUCCAGCAACACCUCAUGCGCACAGCACAUCUGAGAACAUGGCUAUGAUAUGACCGCAUCACAGUGUUUUUCUAGACAUCAUAUGCACCCCUGAGCCGCCUUGUAAACCCAAGAGCAUCGUCCUUUGCACGGGGGCUCAUAACCUUCCUGGCCUCAUCACAGUACCAAAAAAGUGAAUGAAACGACUAGAAAGCAAAUUACUUUUCCUUAUGGACAAUUCUAAAGUUUGUGGGCUAGCAUAUUAAGUCUGUUAUAUGUACAGGGCAUUAAUGAAUUUGCCAUAUAAAAAUUAUUUGUAUAUUUUUUAUAUAGUUCAUUUCUAUAGUCAAGAAUCUCCACAACGAAAGAGCAAGGCCAAAGUAAUUUUGUGUUCGAUAUAAAAGAGGAGCUGUAUUAUUGUAUAUGAAGAUGUAUUACGAAAAAUAGUGUUGCUUUAAAAAGAAUGGUACAUGCUAGUAUAUCAGGUGUAAUUUGGGCUUAUAGACCUUAUGCUACCUAGGCCGCCUUAUAAAUUUGAAUAAGAAUUGUAGGACCAACAAAACCAGUUUGCCUUAACACCAGACCAUCCUUCAUAGACUCAUUAUGCCAUUAUCCCUGUUAGACAUCUGGAAUGUUUUAAAUGAGUUUGCGAGGGUUAAUAAUACGUCUAAUUUUCUUCAGCACAGAGCAUAUGUAAAAUUUCUAAUGCAGUCCCCAACCUGGUGGCUUACAAUUCACCUUUGAUCUCCUUCAUAAGGCAUCAUUAGGUGAAGGUUGUGAAGGCUCUGCUUUGUCCCGGUAUACUGGUACCCAGUGAGACAGAGUUAUUAAAAUGGUUUAAAUUAAUAUAAGCAGUGCUAGGUUGAAGAUGUGGCAUAUUUAUCAAUGGGGUGCGUGCUAUUUGACAGAUUUUGCACAUCUUUGGAACAUAUUAGAGUCCCUUUCCUUCUUUGAUGCCACCUCUUGGGUGGUAUGCUUUAAAGGAGUAUUUUGUGCUAAAAAAAAAAAA